AUGACCCUCUUGGUCAACUUCACUAUGGUCCCUCUCUGUGUCGACUUCGACAGUCCAGAAGAUUUUCUCAUUUUCAUUUUCCACCUCUUAUGGGGGAUCGGCACCGUGCUGGUGGCCGGCUCUGUGGUCUGCGGCAUCCUUAACACCCGCGCGCUUUUGGCGCAACACCGCUUCCUGUUCAUGUUGAACACGAGUGUUUCGGACACUCUGACAGGCUGCGCAAUUUUCUACCAAUUUUUAUUCGAUGUCAAGACUGGCUUUCCGUCCAGAAAUGGUACAUAUUACAUCGUGCCUUCGCUCCUCGGCGUGAAUAUGAUGACUUUUUUAUUCGCCCAGAUUGACCGCUACUUCGCCGUGUGCCAUCCUUUCUUCUACGGUCGUUUCAUCAGUGCGUGGUUCAUUGUGUGCCUCAACCUUUACAGCUGGGUGCAUGUUUACGCGCAGCUGCUCAUACAAAAUAUGGUGCCUCUGUCCCUGGCCAUAGAGAUCGGAGUGUUUAGCAGAGUCAGUCUGAUGGGGAUCGUUGCGACCAAAAUCAGUAUGACCAUCAAGCUGCUCUUCGUGGCCAGAUUCCAGCUGCUGAGAGAGCCUCCGAGCCCGGAGAGGGACAGCAAGAAAGAGUCCCUCUUCAUUAUAAUAAUAGUGGUCUUGUUCUUUCUGAUUCUGUUUUUUCCCGCUGUGCUUUAUACAAUCCUUUCAUGGGUGACGGGGAAAUACAUCAGCUUUAGAAAUGACGCAGUGAACCCGCUCAGGAUCUUGUCCCGGAGUAACGCUCUGUGCACCCCGUCCCUCUAUCUGUGGGGGAGCCCCGCUCUCAGAGCCGCAGUGUGGAGGACAGUGUGGGGGAAAAUCUGCUGCUCCAGGGGACACAAGAGGCUGGUCACCGUUCAGCUGAAGAGGAGAUCCGAUUGUGUUUAA